ACAAAAUUGCUCAAUCGCCACGUUAAGUAUACUCUCUUUUUAGCCCCAGCAGAUCAUGACAAAGAGGUCCUCACGGAAUCGCCGCAAAAUUACGUUUGCCCAAAAGUGACUGAGAUGGAGUCUUUAAUUGGCCACAGAAUAGACUUUAACGGGUAGCAAGAGAACCUCUUGAUAAGUGGGGGUUCUGUGAGGCCAGCGGCACAUAGGCAGCAAAAAUUGACCCAAGUACCCUCCUCCCUCGUUAAAAAUACGUCUUUUAUUUAUUUGUUGAAUUUUAUUUAUUUGUUAAAUUACACGAAGUACGCUUACGGUGUAUCAUGACUGUGGGCUCGGGGGAAUAAAACGACAACAAACAUGGCGGCCCGAACGUGCCCUACUGCUUUCAGAAUUAAAUGUUGGCUAAGUUCACCUCAAGUAGAGUAUAUUUCUACUAUUUUUCUGAGCAGUAGGAAUUUUUGUACCUCAACUAAGAGUACUGUUGACGAGGAAGAAGUUGAGAAGCUUAGCAGGACAAUAAGUGACUGGUGGAAUCUAAGCGGUGACUUUGCUGCUCUUCAUUCUAUGAAUAAACUCCGAGUUCCUUUCUUUAAAAAUUCUCUUGAGCAUCUGCAUGGUGAAAAUGUCACCCCCUCAAAACCUCUUGGAGGUUUGAGAAUAUUGGAUAUCGGCUGUGGAGGUGGAAUACUGUCCGAGCCUUUGGCAAGACUAGGUGCAGAAGUGACAGGAGUUGAUGCAUCAGCAUUCAAUAUACAUGCUGCUUUGAGACAUGCACAGCUUGAUCCCAAGGUGACCAGAAAUUUGCAGUACAAAUGCACCACAGUAGAGGAGUUAGCUGACAAGGAACCAGAAUCAUUUGACUGUGUCGUUGCUUCAGAAGUUAUUGAACAUGUAACAGAUAAAGACACCUUUGUUUCUGCCAGUACACAGUUGCUUAAGCCAGGAGGUUCUCUUGUGAUAACAACAAUAAACCAGACAGCUUUGUCAUAUGCCGCCGCCAUUGUGGGAGCAGAAUAUCUUCUGAGAUUAGUGAAACCUGGAACUCAUGACUGGAAUAAGUUCAUAACAGUUGAUGAGCUGACAGAUCUGAUAUCUCAAAAUGGUUCAGAAAUUAUGGAUGUGAAAGGAAUGUUCUUCAUGCCAGUGUUUAACAAAUGGUGUUGGAUUGAGGAUACAAGUGUCAACUUUGCCUUGUGUGCAAUGAAACCUGAACAAACCUUCCCUGAGACAUCGGAAGAAAGACCAACAAACGAGACUGAAACAUGAUGAUUCAGUGCAGAGUUAACUAUUUAGAAAUGUAAAUAAAGUAUCAUUAUUUGGUUA